AUGUGGCUUUCUGAGUCUCAAAAAUUUGGCGUGGCCUUCACGUUUGGAGGAUUUUUAUUCUUCGUGUUCGGAAUUAUCACAUUUUUUGACCGCGCGCUACUGGCGUUGGGCAACAUCCUGUUUCUGAUAGGUCUACUACUGAUUAUAGGGCCUCAGAAGACAUACACCUUUUUCUCCAGACCUAACAAGAGACGUGGGUCAAUCUUUUUUGUUUUAGGAAUUCUCAUGAUAUUGAUGAAAUGGACUUUUGUUGGCUUUUUGGUUGAGUGUUUGGGAAUUGUGGGACUAUUUGGCGACUUCUUCGCAGUCAUAGUGCAGUUUUUGAGGUCUCUGCCCAUCAUUGGAACUGCGCUCUCACAUCCCGCAAUUGCUCCAUGGGUUGACAAAAUAGCAGGAGUGCGUGUGCUUCCAGUGUGA